AAAUACUGACCGAAGGUUGUCGAUUUGUGAUUGUGUCUCGUCGAAUGCUUGAAUCACCCAUUACACACGCCAUAGCAGCUUUCGCCUCAUUUCAUAUUGUGCAGCCUUGUGGGAGAGUGCGAAGAAUAUUGGCUUGGUCUUUAAAGCUGGGCCUUAAAAGUGUGUUCUCUACGUUUACUGGUAGUUACGGAAUUUUCCUGACGUUGGGGAGCCAUAAAAAGUAAAUGCAGUACUUUCGGGUAGUAAUUAGUGAUAUUUUUGGAGAUGCUUUAUAGAAAAUACGUCAGGUAGACCGUGUCUGAUAGAUUUGUGACGCCUUCCGUCCCUUUUCCGUGAAUAUAAUGUACGUUAUUACGUAGAGUUUUUAGAUGUAACGAUUAGCUGGUAAGAUUCACAAUAGUAGGUCGUCAGAGAAUAUCGCGAGAAAGAUCCGUUGCUUUCCUGUCCCGUGAAUUUUACGACGAAAAGUAAUGAGAACGCAGAGAUGAGCAUAAUCAUCGCUAUUAUCUCCUAAUCUUACUUCUUUGUGCGUAAAAUAGUAGAAUAUUCGAGAUAAGUUUUUAUAUCUGCAUUAAGUUAUAAUGAACUUUAAAUAAAGCUAAGUAUACCUACAAUACUUGGUGAAAAGGAGAAAAAAAUAGAAGGGUUAUAAGAUAGUUAAGAUAAUACAACUAUAAAGAACAGAUUUUUAUAUUCUAAGAAUAAUUAAAAUUUUUAUAAUUACAGCAGUUCUCUCUCAUUUGGUAGAUUAUCAACUGUAACAGUAGGCAUAUGUUAUUAAAUAAGAUAUUCUAAAAACUAUAAAAUAUUUAAAGUCAAAUCUAGUUUAGCAAUUAUUGUAUUAACAGCAAAAAGUUAAAAAAGGUAAAAAUAGUAGAGGAACAGAAAGGUAGAAAAACAUUUGGUAAAUAUAAAAAAAAAUUCCUGAUAAUCUUAUAUGUAGUAACAAAGAAUUAUUUGAUAUCAAAGCAAAAUUCUAAUUUAUUUGGGACUUGUUUAAUAUUUUAUUCAUUAAUAUUAAAUAAAAUUAAUUAUAUAUUGCGUAUGUAUGUGUAUGCAUGUGUGUGUAUAGAAAGAUUGGAACUUGUAUAUUUAAUCUGUUUAUCUUUUAUCUUACAGAAAUGUCUGUAUGAGCUAAAAAUCAGCUAACAAUGGAAAGCUCAUUAGAAGUAAAACACACUGCCUCAGGUGCGGAAGAAUCUAUAAAGUCUGAAGCACCUGUACAAAAUUCAGAUAAUAACGAGCGAAAUGAUGGUGUAGCUUCACCGCCUCCUAAUUGUAGUAUUUGUCUGGGCAAGCUAGUUAACACAUCUUUUACAGACAGUUGCUUACAUCAGUUUUGUUUUACUUGUUUGCUUAAGUGGUCCAAGAUAAAGACAGAAUGUCCUCUCUGUAAGCAAACUUUCAAAUCAAUCAUACACAAUGUAAGAUCUGAAGAAGAUUACGAUCAAUAUCAUGUACCACCUGAAUUGGUGCAAAUCCCUCAAACCCAUGUUAUGGCUACUUUAGAUGUCAACUUGGAUGUUGUUAACAGAUGGGAAGACGUGUCUCGAUUUUUUUAUAGAACAACGAUGACUGGCAAUCGUCGGCACGGGACAUUGUUGAAUCCGGAGCAAGUUGCUAGACGUGAACAAUUGCCGAGUAUGGCACCUCAAGUGCCUAGGGAAGAGCGUAGACGUAGACGCGAUAACCCUACGGAUUAUCGGCGCACUGUAUAUAGGCAUGGAAUAUGGGCUACUGCAUUACCUGACAUAUUCGGUCGCUUUCGCGAGUGUAGCGCUGAUUAUUAUAGGAGACAGCCACAAGAAUUAGAUCGUCUCAUACCGUGGCUAAACAGAGAACUACAAGUUUUACUUCCUAACAACGCGCAUAUCGCAUACGUGAUGAAUCUAAUAGCGGAGGCCUUAAGACAGUACGAUAUUAGAAGUCCGGAAUUUCGUAGUAUCGUGCGACCAUACUGCAACGUACACACGGAUCAUUUCGUGCACGAACUAUUGAAUUUCGCUCGUACUAAUUUCGACAUAGUCGGAUAUGACCAGGCUGUUACUUACUUACCACGUGGAUUAUCGAAUGAGUUUACACCUCGUGUUGCCUCGCCCGUAUCCAGUAGCAGUAGUAUCAGCAGCAAUAGUAAUGUUAGCAGUAACAUCAGUCUCGCUUCCGACAACUCAGACAUACGAAUACUUGACGAAGCGAUUGAUUUAAGAGUAAACACUGUAAUGCCGAACGUGCUACCGUUUCCUAUGAGUCAACCGGGACCCAGUACAGUAGGACAGCUAUUACGAUCGUUGGAUUCAUCUUUUAACGUGCCAGAACUUUUAAUCCUUUCGUCAAGUUCCUCCGAAUCGGACGGUGAGUGCGAAAUAAUCGGCUACGCGAAGCCACGUCACGAGAGGACACCGGAAAUCAUAGAACUGCUUUCGUCCGAUUCCGAGCAAAUAGCUCCUGUAAAACUUAAUGAUAUCACACUGUUGACUACGGGAGAAACAUUACCGGCGAAUUCGUCAUUACCAAGUACGUCUUAUGCUACUGUAGAAACAUCACCCGAUUUCUCAUCUGCAUUGACAAGUGUAGAUGACAAUUCUGACAGCGAUUACAAUCCAAGUCCAUGUGGACGAUCUCGAAAUCAUUCGAAAAACUCGCCAUCCAGGGAAUUCGUUGGAAAAAAGCGUAAGAGACCGCGUAAUACAAGAAGUCACAACAAACGAUCCAGGGACUCUUACAGUUCCGAAGAUAGUAAUUUUAAGAAGAGAAGCAGCGCGAAGCAGAUUGCGAAAAAUAGGACGUACAGCUGUAGUAGCUCGUCAGAAAGUUCACCGACGAAAUGCGAUGAGAAACGAUCGAGAAAGGAGAAAUGUUACGCUAAAGAACGAAUGAAGCUCGUCAAGAAGGAAGGGACUUAUCCGAACGUUGAUUCAUUUGAUGGUGAUAGUAGCAGCGCAGAUACCGACAGCAAGAUGAAGAGCAACAAAUGUGGUAGACGAUAUGUAUUGAAAAAGAAACGUUCUCUUCUGUUAAUUGAUUACACGGCAAAGAGAAAAAGAACAACGAGAAGUAAAGAGAGGACGUUGAUUCAAGAAAAGUUGAAGAAUAAAGAUAGCAAAUGUGAAAGCAGACAAUCCAGAUCUAGAAGUACUAGCCUAUCUUCUAAUCCCUCUGAACAAGAUAAAAUACCGAGUUAUAGGCACCGUGAGUUACGAGACACAAACGAGCAUAAAAGUCAAGACGACAGUGCCUCAAUAGAUAAGGUCACGACGAAAAGGCAACCUGAGUCCAAAUCAAAAAGCAAAGCGUGUUAUUUUUCGGAUUCGGAGGAUGACCGUUUGAGAUCAAGCAGUCAGUGUAGCAAUCGCUCCAACAAAUCGUAUUCGUAUCGGAAACGAUCGAAACAUAAAGACAGACAUAAAGACAAGGAUCGUAAUAGAUCCAGCAGCAGAACGUUCAAUUUAUUGCAAGCAGGCACAAGUUCAACCGUAUCAUCAUCCACCUCCGGGAAAAACGAUAUCUAUCCGACUAAACAUUCCGAUUGCAUGGAGAAUUACAAGUCAUCACGCUCGGCUUAUAAGGAAUCGAAGCACAGAAAGUCCCAGUGCGAAAAGAAGUCCAGAUCAAGGAAGAGAAGGCGACGUUUGCGAUCUCCUUAUACCUCUCAGUCCGAAUAAUAUCACUUAUAUGUUAGCCAAUAUUGUAUAAUAAAUUUUGAUUUAAAAAUGUCGACUCGAGACUUCGUAGCAAGGGAAAUAAUUAACAAUUUCUAAGAUAAUCAAGUUAAUUUCAUACAAGUUUGUAUCAUUUUGUUCACAUAGUUCCAUCAUAAUGUUAAAUCUAUUCCAUAAUCACAUUCCGUAGUUACAUAGUUCCAUCGUAAUUUUAAGUCUAUUUCGUAAAUAUACCAAUCAUUUAAAAUCGUGACACAAAUCAGAUGAUGUCUUAUGAAUAUAUUUAUUAACGUUGCCUUUUUUAAAGGACGAAUGUUUACAUUUUAUUAAAUUCGCUUGCACAAACGAUACUGAUGGUAUCAAGAAAAUUUUUUCUCAUAGAAAAGAAAAAUGUCAUCAUUAUGGUAAAAUAUACGUAACAAAUUCGACAUUCAAUAUCGUGGUAAUAUAUUUCAUAAAAAAAUUAUAAUACAGUGUGAGAAAUAUUCAUUACCUUUUCCUGUGCUGGGAUUCUGUAACUCGUUAUUGGAGUUAACGACAGUUUCGUUAUCCUUGCGCAACUUUUCUACAGUAUACAAAAGCUGCGCAACGAUAACGAAACUAUCGUUAACUCUAAUAACGAGUUACAGAAUCCCAGUACUGAGAUGUAAUUUUUUGACAUAUAUGUGUUUGUGCAAUAUGUGUUUAUAUUGUGUUUACAAUUAUACAACUGAUAUAUGUAUAUUUAUGUACUAAUUAUGUAUAUGCAAUUCUAUAUAAAUAUAUAUAGGAGUAUACCAAUA